AUGUUACUACGCUUCCUAUCAAUCUUGUAUCUUGGCGCAUGCACCGCGCUAGCCAUUCAACCUCAGAAUGACAGCCUUGCGUAUCGUUCAGACGUCAAUCAAAUCCGGCUACCAUGUGCGCCUUGCGCCUUCGCAGACACUGCCUGUUCGCAAGAUAGAAAGCCAAACGCAUACUUGACCCUCGACUUCUCCAUGACAAACGGCACUCUUGUCGCCAACGACAUUCCCGUCUUCCCGCCUACCACGGAUAUGCAGCUCCCAGCUACCCGCCACUGGUCCUCGAAAACAAGCAAAGAAACCGAAGACGUCCAUUUGACCUACGCACUGCAUACGCAACGAGUUCCUCCCCGCGCGCAGGGUAAACUAUACCGGUUUACCAUGAAUCUGCUCGAUAGCCAAGGUCGACCCGCUACCACGGAUCUAGUCAGUCUGACACUAGUCCGCAAUGCAGAAGAGAGACUACUCCUCUCGAGUAUCAGGGUGGAGCCCGCAGUGCAUCACACCCAGCGCUGGAAGCUGAAGUACUGGAAGUCACAAGUCGGUGGAUACAUGGUCACCGUGAAGGAAGCAGUCAAGAGCCGGCUGCACGGGGCGUCAAACUCCUCGGACAAGCUAUUGAUUAUCGAUGGACACCGUCAUUCGACAGAGUCAGAGCAGGAUCUCGACUCCAGCACUACACCGCGAAUCCCGUCAGAUGACAACUCGCGUUUCCAGAUCCUCUCGUUCUACCAAUUCACUCACUACCCCUCGCACCACAGCAGUUCUAACCGUCAUUUCCUGCGUCUUGUUCGGCCAAUUAUCAUGCCAGCGUUGCUGGGUAUCAUGGCUGGUUUUGUGGCGUGUGUGAUUGGCUUCCUGGUUGGACGGGUUGGCGCUUCGAUAUAUUUCCAUGCACGGGGUAAGAAGCAGGCUGGUUCUGCUGUAUCCGCGGUGGAUGUAGAAGAGGGUUUUGUUUCAGAGAAACAGAAGCUUUUGGAGAUAUAUGAGUAG